AUGAGUUUCCAUGAUGCUGGGAAAGAUGAAUGUAAGAGCCAUGAAGACAGAGACGACAACGUUGGUAGAAGCGCGUGCUGUCGGGAUAGGAAGGACCUCAGCCCUGAAACCUCCAUUCUUGUCCCAAAAGGCGGAAACAAGGAAGAGCCUCAAGUGGAAGAGGAGCGCAGAAUCCAGCCUGUGAAUGGCAGUGCUCUAAUAAACGGCCCGGGACCGCAGUUAGAGGUAGAGGAUCCUGCAGUCCCUGAGGUGGAAGCAAGGCGCUGCUGUCCGGCGAUGGUAGCUCAGCCUCAUCAAGGAGCAAACAGCACAGCCGACGGUUCAGAGAGAUGGCUCGGAGCCAACGGUUCAGGUUCUCCUCCUGCAGAGGAGGCCUCCGUGCAGGGCAGACAGGACAGCGUCCUCCCACAAGAGGAGAAACGUCUCCCGGAAAGGGGGCUGCUGUCCCCUGAAGACCAGCGGUACGAAGAGCUUGCCAAGGAGGUCAUCGCCCAAGACAGUUCUCUGGCUGACGUUCUCAUGCCUCGUCCCAUCAGAAAGACUGCUCUAGACUUGAUGGAGGGUCUUUUUCCUACUAACGUUUCCAUGUUGGAUAAAUCACGCAGGAAAAGGGGAGAUGUGCAACAUGUGCAGGAGAAUGACAGGAAAGGUAGUAAAGAGCUCCCAGCAGAAAGCCCUGGAGCUGAACACGACGCUGAGCAGGGCGAAGGAGAUCCUGUUUCUAAGGGGAACCAAACCCUGAAUAGCAGCAGAGACAGCACGAAUGACCUAGAUGACAUCACAUCCAAGAAAAUGGAGCUGGUCUCGAGGCUGCGGUCCAGGCUGCGGCGCCUGGGCGCAGAGCGGGAGCUGGUGCUCCGCGAGGGCCGGGCGAGCGCGGAGCGCGGCCGGGCGCUCCAGGAGCUGCUCCGGGGCGUCUGCCAGCCCAACGAGUUCGAGCGCUACACCAUGUUCAUCGGCGACCUGGAGAAGGUGGUGAGCCUGCUGCUGUGCUUGUCCAGCCGCCUCGCCCGCGUCCAGGAUGCCAUGAGCAAGAUCGAUGGGAAUACAGACGCCGAGGAGAAGCAAUCGCUGAACGAACGGCACAAGCUCUUGUCUAGACAGCGGGAAGAUGCCAAAGACCUGAAAGAAAACCUGGAUCGUAGGGAAAGAGUGGUUUCGGGUAUCCUCGCCAAAUACCUGACCCAUCAGCAGCUCCAGGACUACAGGCACUUUGUCCAGGUGAAAACCUCCUUGCUGAUUGAGCAGAAGGACCUCGAGGAGCAGAUUAAACUUCUCGAAGAACAAUUAGAAACUCUUGAGAAAAGCAUCCACCCCUGAUGCCCGGCAGCAGAUCGUCGCCUUCUACACAUGGUGGUUUGUGAAAUCCGUAUGUGUUCAUUGAACUCGGCUCCGUUUGAUGAAUUCUUGCAAUCUUGUUAGUGCCACAGUAUUGACAAGUGCUUAGAUGAUCUAGGCACACGGUGGAGAUGCACAGACCCGCUGACAAAAUCUUCCAGUACGUAGCAGAUUGCGUUUUGGAAAUGACUGAUAGGAUGUGUUGCUCCUAUUAAUUUGGCA